AUGAUCGAGGUUGUUUGCAACAGCCGUCUGGGGAAGAAUGUCCAUGUUAAAUGCAACAUUGAUGACACCAUUGGGGACCUUAAGAAGCUGAUUGCAGCCCAAACUGACACCUGUUGGAACAAGAUUGUCCUUAAGAAGUGGUACAUGAUUUUUAAGGACCACAUGUCUCUAGGGGACUAUGAAAUCCAUGAUGGGAUGAACUUGGGGCUUUAUUACCAGUAG